AUGCCAGCGCCCGACCUCCUUAUCAUGCAGGACGUUACGCAACGCGCUGCCUUCUUUCAGCGGUCAGCAGCGUUCUGGACGUCUUGUUCAGUGUGCUUGACGGCCAUUCUUGGCAACCUCCUGUCUGCCUUCAGACGGAAGUCUGGGCAAGAUGUUCCAGCAUCAGUCGCCGCGGGUUGGCUGCUGUUUUGCAUCGCCGGAGCUGGCAUGAUGCCCUGCAGUCUCUUCUGGCUCGGCUUAGCGAUCGGCAUGUGGAUGCUGAUCAUGCGCCGACGAGUCUCUUCAGAUGAAGCUUCGUCUGAAGAUCCAAAGCUGUCUCCCGAGACAGACCUUCGUCUGCUGAGCAGCGAUCAGGCCUUCGGGAAUGUUGCAUUGGACAUGGAUGAUGGAGACUCCGCCAAGUUUGUCAUCUCAAUGAAAACACUGCUUUGCCUGAUUGCACUGACGGCCGCAUAUGCUUUUUUAAUUCCCGGUAUUGUCACCAAAAUGUUUUCCGCGAAAGCUGUGGUUGGCGCCAGUGUCGUGCUUGACGUCGAGAAGUCCACCUUGGGAUUGAUUCUGUUGCUGUUCCAGAACGGAAUGUUGCUGCCUGCUCUCAUCAUCCUGGGAUAUUCUGUUCUCAUGCCAUUUGCGAAGUUGGUCGUGUUCAUGAGCUACGCACACCCAGCUUUGAGAAUUCGGGGGCUCUCUUCACCCGGAGCAGUCAGGGCUGUUCAGAAGAUCUCGAAGUGGGCGACAGUGGAUGUCUUCACCGCUGGCACAAUCUGCGGGUUGUUCUGCCAGCCACAUUUGUACUUGGAGAUCAAGCUGCAUGAUGGCUUCUACUACUUCAUGAGCUAUUGUGUGUUGAGCGUCGUCGGCGCACUUCUGAUUCCCCUGCCCACAGACCACAGCGCGGAAUCGGAAGAUGUCCAUGAGGACAGUGACAGUGGUGCAACUGCCGGGCCAUGUGCACUGUCAUUGGUUUCGGCUGUCGUGGCAGUCGGGACAGUAGCAGGCUUGGCCCUGCUGCCUCUGAUGAAGGUAACUUUUCCCCUGAUCGGCCUCGACGCCCGCAUUUCCAUCAUCUUGCUGAUCGCUUCACUAUGGGACCAUGGCUUCGCCGGGGCUGCCGUGUGCUUUGCCUUGCUGCUCCUUCUGGUGCCUGCAGUGGAUGUGGCCCUCUGCUCCGCGGCGUUCUUCGGCGGCUGCAACCCGGUGCCUGCGACACUCAGGUCCUGGUUUCGCGAUUUCGCCAUGCUCGAUGUGUAUGCCCUGGCCUGCGUUGUCGUGCUGUCGGCAGUGACUGCUCUGAAUAACGACCUUCAUUUGCGCCUGCUGCCUGCCGGGUGGGUUCUUUGUUCAUUGACGGUGCCAUGGGUGGUUCCCUGGUUACAGAGUAGACACUGCCUGCAUCCUUCAAUCUGCACGGCGCACAGUCGAAAGUCACAAACGGCCGAGCAGCUUCGCGCCACACCCAAGGCUGCAGAGGUGGUGGCAGCUGUAGCACAGACGGAGGAGGGCGAACUGAAGCGGAUGCCUGUGGGCGCACUUGCCCGGGCUCUGACAUCGCUUGCCAGUGUCCCUGAAUCAGGGUCCCGUGAUGGCGAGGCGGCCGAAGAUGCCACCGCUGCCCAGAUCCGACUAUUGGCGGCGUUGCGCGAGGUGAACAAAAACGAGGAGGAGGCGGUGGACAUCCCGGCACCAGAACUUCUGCAGGCCGCCGAGAAGGUGCUUGAUUUGGGAGGUGAUGACCCUGACGAGACUGUCCUCGUGCAGCGCACGGCGGCCGCCCGGGUCCUUGCUGGAAAGGCGCUGAAGGGUGCCGUUUCCCAGGGCGGACUUGCGGAAGCUGGCUUCUCGCUCAUGGAUAUUCCCAGGCUCUUGGCGCUCCCAGGAGCUGCUGGGCGUGACGUGCUCCUGGCUACAUCGUGUGUGGAGUUGCUUGCCGCUGGCAGCCUGAAGCAGCAGCGCGAUGUUUUGCGCGUUGCCGCUGCCAGGAGCAGCACCAACACGGCUGCAGCAGCUGGCACGGCAAUCCUCAAAACACUAGCAGGACAAGGUGGUCCCGCAGACCACGUAGCUGCCACGGAUGCUUGCGUUGAGACGGUGUGUGAAGUGGCACAAGCUGGAGUGAGGCUGCCGGCUGCUGCAGCGUUGCUCAGGCGGAUGUCUACCACGGCAAAGCCCGUGAAGCUUGCCGAAGCGUUGCUGGUGCUGGCACAGAAAGCCGGACCUGGCCAGGCUGACGACCUUCAAGCAGUUGCUGAAAUUCUUGCCAGCAAGGAUUCAUUCCACGAUUUCACGCCGGAGCUGUUGCUGGAAGCGGCAUUGUUGUCGUCAAAGCACGACUUUCUCGAAUCCUUGGCGCCGGGAACUGCGGCCGCCGCUGCCAGCGUUCUGGAGAAGUUGUGUGUGGAGGAUGUGGUGAAGUUGCUGCUAGCCGUUGCUCGCCGGCGCGGAGGGCUGCCUGCUGAGGUCAAAGACACCUUGCGAGUAGCAGCUGAGACGGUUUUGACUCCGCAGCUGGGGCAACUUGGUUCUGAAGACCUAGCGGGCCUCGUUCUGGCAACGCUGGGCCAUGGCUGGAAGGAGCUGCGCGAAGCAGUUGCUCAAGAGUUGCUACGGCGGCUACCAGCUUUCCCUGCAAAGCAGCUCCUGGUAGUCACGCCCGUUUUCCUGCAGGAGCCGACUGGUGUCGAACUGAUAUCGAGCUGGCCAGAGGUCCUCUCAAGGAGCACACCACCAGCCUCCAGUCAGAAGACUUCUGCUCAGGAUGCAACCGACACGGCUGAAGGCCUCGCCCCGGAUCAGCUAGUCAAGCUAGCCAACCUCGCAGAGAAUGAGGCCGCUGUCGCAGCAGCACCCAAGCAAUGGAAGGCGCUUUUGGAGGACAUUUCGACACGAAUGCUAUCACAGGUUGUCCACCUGUCCGCUGCUGGCAGGGCCAUGAUGUCUUCGCAGCUCCAGAGACAGAUCGGAUUGGGCUCUUGCUCCCACCGCGCUGCGUUGCAGAAGGCCCUGGCUGCAGGUGU